AUGGCGGAACAAAUCGUCCGACUUUACAGCUUUCCCGGUUUAUCUUCUGGACGGCAUGAUGUGACUUUAUCUAAGCUGAAAUCAGCCUCAACACGACUGGAAGUAACAAAGCUAACAACAGAGAUAUGUUACAAUAUCAGCGUGCAAGGAAAUGAAUGCUUAAACGCCGAUGAACUCAAGAACUUGUUUUGGCUGUUGACAAGCACUUUUGAGGAAGAUACUGUUCGCAAAACUUCUUUCCUUGAUGAAACUGCAAGUACAGACGGUUAUGGCAAAGUUUUGAUUGAAAUCGGACCAAGGCUUAACUUCUCAACGGCUUGGUCAACAAACGCUGUGUCCAUUUGUCAAUCCAUAGGUUUAGAACAGAUUGAUCGAAUCGAAAGAUCAUGUCGGUAUUUGAUUGAAGUCAGGCCCAAGGACGAUUCUACAGAUAUCACGAAAGAGGAAGAAACCGCUUUUGCAGCUAAACUUCAUGACCGAAUGACCGAAUGUCGAUACGAAAAGCCGUUGACUAGCUUUAAGGUAAACGUUCGUGCUGAAAGUUGUUAUGAAGUUGAUGUUAUGAAAGAGGAUCGCUCUGCUUUGGAAAAAGUUAACCGAGAUCUGGGGCUAGCAUUUGAUGGGUGGGAUCUUGAUUAUUACACCAAAUUAUUCCGGGAAAGAGUUAAAAGAAAUCCCACCAGCGUGGAAUGUUUUGAUUUGGCCCAGUCAAACAGUGAACAUUCUCGCCAUUGGUUCUUUAAAGGAAGAUUGAUUGUUGAUGGACAGGAAGUUGAAGAUUCACUGAUGAAAAUGGUGAUGAAAACACAGGAAACAACCAACAACAACAGCAUCAUUAAAUUUAGUGACAACAGUAGGUAA